AUGAUCUCCUCGCCGCUGUCAGAAGCCUUCGGUCGCCGAUUCGUGUAUCUGAUCACGCUUCCUCUGUUCGAUGCUUUCAUGGUCGGAGUCGGGUUGUCACGAAACAUUGCCUCGCUCAUCAUCUGUCGAUUUUUCGCGGGCUUGUUUGCCGCUCCAGGGGUGUCGGUUGCGGCAGCCACGAUUGGGGACUAUACAGCGCCUUCGGAACGAGCUAUACCGCUCUGCACAUACUACUCAAUACCAUCCACUGGUAGCGCAGUUGGUCCUUUGAUCGGCGGUUUCGUGGUGGAUGCGAAGGGCUGGCGAUGGACAGCAUGGGUCGUUCUUAUGAUGGCGGCAGUGCUUCAUACACCGAUAUUAUUCCUCCGAGAGUCUCAAACAGCUCUUAGCAGAGGCACAUCGGAGGGAAAGAUAUGGAAUUCAGCAAAGUAUUUCAUAACGACGACUGUUAUCAGACCUUUACACAUGCUCAUCACCGAGCCCCUGGUAACUUCUAUCUGUCUGUACACUGGAUUCCAGUUCGCGCUACUAUACACUUUCGUUGUCGCAAGUCCUUGGGUUUUCCGUACCGUUUACGCUUUCUCCCCACAGGCCCAAGGGCUAUCGUUUCUCGGCAUGGUCACGGGUUGUCUCAUGGCGCCCCCAAUCCUCAUAACUGUUGACUUGUUGAUUAAAAGACAGCGAGUUAGCAAUUCCCAAAUACCCUCCACCCCCGAAGACCGUCUCUACGCAGCCCUAUACGGCAGCCUCGUCCUCCCUGCCGGCCUCUUCUGGUUCGCCUGGACCACCAAACCAUCCAUCCACUGGAUCAGUCCAAUAUGUGCCCAGGGUUUGACCCUCCUUGGCAGUAUACUCAUCUACGUCCCUUGCAACUUCUACAUGAUCGACGUGUAUGGAUCCAAAUUCGGCGCGUCGGCUAGUGGUGCCUCAUCACUGAUCCGGUAUACUUUUUCUGCUGCUUUUCCGCUCUUCGUGACGCAGAUGUAUGAGGCGUUGGGGGUGGGAUGGGCGACAAGCUUGUUGGGUUUUCUUGCGUUGGCGAUGGCGCCGAUCCCGUGGUUGCUUUAUCGCGCGGGGCCGGGGUAUAGGGCCAGGAGCGCGUAUGAACAUGGGAGUUGA